GAGCUCCCUGUCAUCGAAUUUCCGAAUUUGUACGACAGCCUUCUUCAAGCUUGGUUUGUUCAUAGGCGACCACCACGAUUUUCCAAAUCACCCAUAAAAUUCGAAACUAACACGAAGUCGGUCACCCUUAUUCCCUUUGAGCUUGUGAUCGCAGACCAACCAACUUUUGCCGACAGUCUCGAGACCCGACUCCGUCAAGAUGGUUCAAAUCAGUGAGGUCAAGGGAAACAAUCGCGAGAAUCGCACAGCGGUCCACACCCACAUCAAGGGGCUGGGGUUAAAAUCCGAUGACACUGCCGAAAGACAAGCCGGCGGUUUCGUCGGUCAAGUUGCGGCGCGAGAAGCUGCUGGUGUUGUUGUAGACCUCAUCCGGGCCCAAAAGAUGGCAGGUCGCGGCGUGCUUUUGGCGGGAGGGCCCGGUACUGGCAAGACAGCUCUCGCACUAGCCCUCAGUCACGAACUCGGAACGAAAAUACCCUUCUGCCCCAUCGUCGGCAGCGAAAUCUACUCAACUGAGGUGAAGAAGACUGAAGUCUUGAUGGAGAACUUCCGGAGAGCCAUCGGCCUCAAAGUUCGUGAGACGAAAGAGGUUUACGAAGGAGAAGUCACAGAGCUCACGCCCGAGGAGGCUGAGAACCCGCUUGGUGGGUACGGCAAGACAAUCAGCACGCUGUUGAUCGGAUUAAAGAGCGCGAAGGGCCAGAAGAAGCUUCGGCUAGAUCCUAGCAUAUACGAAGCCAUCCAGAAGGAGAGAGUCACUGUUGGCGACGUUGUAUACAUUGAAGCCAACACUGGUGCUUGCAAGCGUGUAGGACGGUCAGAUGCUUAUGCCACUGAGUUCGAUCUCGAGGCGGAGGAGUACGUGCCUAUCCCCAAGGGUGAGGUGCACAAGAAGAAGGAGAUCGUACAAGACGUCACACUGCACGACCUGGAUGUGGCCAACGCUCGGCCGCAAGGAGGUCAGGACAUCAUGAGUAUGAUGGGCCAGCUGAUGAAGCCGAAGAUGACGGAAAUCACCGAGAAGCUGCGUGGCGAGAUCAACAAGGUUGUCAGCAAGUACAUUGACCAAGGCGUCGCCGAGCUUGUUCCCGGCGUGCUGUUCAUUGACGAGGCGCAUAUGCUUGAUAUCGAGUGCUUUACAUAUCUGAACCGCGCAUUGGAGUCAUCCAUCUCUCCCAUCGUGGUCCUUGCAUCGAAUCGAGGCAUGUGCUCCAUUCGCGGCACGGAUGGUGUUGUUGCUGCGCACGGCAUUCCUCCGGACUUUCUGGCCCGCUUGCUCAUCAUCCCCACCACCCCGUACGACGCCGAUGAAAUCAAACGUAUUGUGCGCAUCCGAGCAACCACGGAGGGUGUCGCCAUUACCGAUGGCGCUGUCGACAAGAUUUCCGAGCAUGGGGUUCGGAUCAGCCUCCGAUACUGCCUCCAACUGCUCACCCCAGCAAGCAUUCUUGCUCGAGUCAACGGUCGCAGUCAAAUCGACAUCAAGGAUGUUGCCGAGUGCGAAGAGCUCUUCCUUGAUGCGCGUCGCAGCGCCAACUUGUUGAGCGGUGAGACAGGCCGGGGCUACAUUUCAUGAUGCUUAGAUGUUAGACGGAUAGCCUGAGACAACGGACGGGAGUCGUCGUAUUUAUUAAUCACACAAGGCUACUACAUUAUUGUGUAAAAAAGGGAUUGGCUGGCGGGAGUUUUGGCUGGUGUUUGGCGUCCCAUGUCCUGGUGGUCGCCAGCAGGACGCAACUUGGUUGGUUGGUUGCGUGUCAAAAAAGACAUUCAAAACGACAACUUCCUUGGUCAGAACAAUGAAAAUGUGAGGACACGUGGAGGGUAGCUAAGCCAAUUUCGGCUGAUACCGGGCUGGUUGCCAGCAACAAGCGAGAGCGCGAGAGAGAGCAUACCG